UAACUAAGGGAUCAAAAUGCUACCAUUAAUUAGCCCCUUCAUUUUAAUUUAUGCUUUUACUGUUUGGAAAGAAAUGUAAAACCCCAAAAACCCUACAGCAAAAAAUCUAAAAACCCCAACACACACAACACACAGAGAGAAACGGUGCAAGCAAGCAUAGGGUUUCGACUGAGGCCUCAAUUUCAUCUUCUAGAUCGGAAAAUGACGUCAUCAUCUCCGAUCACUAUCAUGAAGAUGAAGUUAAACCACUGCUCUCCGUCGCCGCCGUAUACCACCGCCGCAGCUCGUCGGCUCCUACCACCGCUUAUUGGGCCCCACCAAAUUCAGUUGCGUUCCUCUCUGGGUCCCACCCUUCACAACUCCCCAUCUUUUUCCGCUAGAGCCAUCAUGGCUCGUUCAGCGUCUUCCUCUUCCUCCUUCGUCAUCACUGCUGCAAUGGCUAGUGAAGCAUCGGUAAAGGUUAUUGAUGGGAAAAAAGUUGCAAAAGAUAUCAGAGACGAAAUAAAUUCUGAAAUAUCUAGGAUGAAAGAUUCGAUUGGUGUUGUUCCUGGCCUAGCAGUUAUUCUUGUUGGGGAAAGGAAGGAUUCUGCAACUUAUGUUCGCAACAAGAAAAAAGCUUGUGAAACUGUUGGGAUCAAGUCCUAUGAAGUGUGCUUGCCCGAGAACUCAACAGAAGAAGAAGUUCUCAAGUAUAUUUCAGACUUCAAUGAUGAUCCUAUGGUUCAUGGAAUUCUUGUUCAGCUACCAUUACCUUCGCAUAUGGACGAGCAGAACAUCCUAAAUGCUGUUUGCAUUGAGAAGGACGUGGAUGGAUUCCACCCACUAAAUAUUGGUCGGCUUGCGAUGCGAGGUAGAGAGACGUCAUUUGUCCCCUGUACACCCAAAGGAUGCAUUGAGCUGCUGCAUCGGUACAAUGUGGAAAUCAAGGGGAAAAGGGCGGUUGUCAUUGGCAGGAGCAAUAUAGUUGGAACGCCUGCUGCCCUGCUGCUGCAGAGGGAAGAUGCCACUGUCAGCAUUGUGCAUUCCAGAACCAGGAACCCGGAGGAGAUCACAAGACAAGCAGAUAUCAUAAUAUCAGCUGUAGGCCAGCCAAACAUGGUUAGAGGUAGCUGGAUCAAGCCUGGGGCAGUUAUUAUUGAUGUCGGGAUUAAUCCUGUGGAGGAUGCUACAAAUCCUCGAGGCUAUCGACUAGUUGGAGAUGUUUGUUACGAGGAGGCCUGCAAGGUUGCUUCAGCUAUUACUCCUGUUCCUGGAGGAGUUGGGCCCAUGACUAUAGCAAUGCUUCUCUCUAAUACUUUGUUAUCAGCAAAGCGAAUCCACAACUUCAAGUGAGGUUUUGAAGUCCAGUACUCUAACCAGGCGGGCCAUAUCAUUGAGCUUCUCAGCUGUUUUUCCUGUCUCUUAGUUGCCAUGUGUCUACCUUUAUGAGCUUGUAGCAUGUAAACUAACUUUAGGGAACAAAGCAUCUCAAUGAUCUUCAACUCGAGGGAAAAUGAUACGCUACCUAAAGGUGGUCAAAGCUGGAUGCCAUGACAAUUUAUAGGGCUUGUUAGGGAAUAAGGUCUGAUGGUGGAAAUCAAGUCUUAGUUGAAACAAGCUCGCGCACUAUGGUUUCAUUGUGCAUUUCAGACCCUUUUUUUCCUUUCGGAAUAUUGUCUUAGGUUGUUGAGUGAUCUAACUGAAGCUCUUGUGAUCGAACAAUUGUUGUAUAUGUGCUAUUAGCUGUAAGGUUUGUUCAACAUAUAUGCAGAUUCAUAUCAUUUGAGGAAACAUGAUACAGCUAAAAUGCCUUUUUGAACUCUUAAGAAUGUAGCAUUAUGGCUAAUAUACACCCAUGUAUUACAA